AUGCGAAUUUGCUACUAUCGAUCGCGUGGAUACAUUGAAGACGGUGCUAAUGAUGAUGAUACUGAAUCGAAGACCGGCGAGAUUACCGAACAGUACAGUGAGGAGAGCGCUGAAGGCGGUGUGGAAGUCGAUUUGGAAGCCAAAAACGACGAUGACGUCGAACAACGUCGGGAAGCGUGUAACGAGAACGUUGAAGAGAGCAUUGAAGACGGUGGUGAAGGCGAUUUGGAAGCCAAGAAUGUUGAGCAGGAGGAAAUUAAGGAGCAAACACCCACCGGAAGACUAGGGAACGUUGUGGCCUCCUACACUACGAUACACCGGAACCUUCAGUUUGAGAAAUUCCCGCUUUCGUAUAUUAAGUUGAGCUGGAAUUUUGAUGAAGACGACAAGCCUGCGUUGUGCUUGUUUGAAACGACAGAUGGACGUGGAUUUGGAGUAAAACCACUUGAAGAAAUUCCUCGUCAGACCUUUGUGAUCGAGGUUUUGGGCGAAUUGAUUGAUGCAGAGACCAAAGAAACUUUAGGGGAUACAAAGUAUAUCUUUGAGGUAUUAGCAGGCGACAAGGACAAAUGCCCCGCGAUGUAUAUCAACCCAAACGAUUUCGGAAUGAUCAAUCGAAAAUCGUGA